GCAUAGACAAUGUCUUAAAAUUUAGUACACGUCACUAAAAAUGAAUGAUCAAUGAGUGAAUUUUGUAAACAACUUCUAAAAUAAAAUCUCAAAUUUGAAGAAAUAAGAAUUACAAAUUAGUUCAUUUGCAAGGAACAUUAUUAAAUUCUCUACGUUAAAUCUCUUUUAAGUAUUGUUCAAACUGAAAAUGCUAGAAAAUGUGAAACGUGUCAUAUUAGUUCUAUCUGGUAAAGGUGGCGUAGGAAAAUCUACAGUCAGCACUCAAUUAGCUCUAACUUUGAAAGAAAGAGGUUUUAAGGUCGGUUUACUCGACGUAGACCUAUGCGGCCCCAGCGUUCCUUAUAUUUUGAAUUUAGAAGACCAAAACAUUCACCAAGGAAACGAGGGCUGGAUUCCAGUCUAUUUGGAUAAAGACCAAAAGCUGGGCGUUAUGUCCAUUGGGUUUCUUUUGAAAUCUCGCAAUGAUGCUGUAGUAUGGAGAGGGCCCAAGAAGACCUCUAUGAUAAAACAGUUUUUAGAGGAUGUGUAUUGGCAGGAUUUGGAUUUCCUCGUGAUAGAUACCCCACCAGGAACUUCUGAUGAGCAUAUAACAGUGAUGGAGAACCUCCGCAGUGUGCCACAAUGCUCCGCCAUACUGGUGACUACACCACAGGAAGUGGCCAUAGAGGAUGUGAGGAAAGAGAUAACAUUCUGCAAUAAAACUGGCAUCCCCAUCAUGGGUAUCAUUGAAAAUAUGAGUGGCUAUGAAUGUCCAUCCUGCAGCGAAUGCACAAAUAUAUUCUCAACUGGAGGUGGGAAGUCACUGGCAGAAAUUUCCAAGCUACCAUUUCUAGGAAGCAUUCCCAUAGAUCCUAGAGUGGGAGCGUUGGCAGGCAAAGGCAUUGCAGCUGUGAAAGAGUUGCCAGAAUCAAAUACCAGCAGAGUGUUUAAUGAUUUAGUUGUAAGAAUAAAUGAAACCAGCUCAAAUAGUCAAAGGUAAUCAAGGUAGUCUACUGUCUGCAUAAAAUACUAAUGUAUCAAGUAUUUUUGAAAUAAAAUCAUGUUGAAAUUCA